GUUGGCUCGCGUGAAGGGACGACGGACCUUUCGAUGGAGGGACAGUUUUCUUGGAAGGUGGUGCGCUCGAUACGCCACCAGAUCGAAUCGCCGGCACGUCGAGCGAGGACUCGCGAGAACGUUGUCGCCGUCGGAUUGCGCGACGUUGAGCAACCGACCGAGUUGGACGAGCUACUACUGCUCAAUCGUCCCGCCGCGUUGGGUCGCGCGACCACCGCCAGACGACACUCGAUAGAGGCGGACGGCGGACGCUUGUGCGCGGAACGGGACGAGAAACGAGGACGCGGAAGGGAAAUACGUAUAUGGCCAUGCCUACGAUUUUUAGCUGAUAUCACGCCAUCUCUACAACGUCGACAUACACUACAAUGCAGCCAAUGCACAAUCGGUCAAUACCUGGGAAAGCACAUUACCCGAUUAUUGGCACACCUGCCGAAAAGCGCGCGUACACAAACUUUAAUCGUUGCCAUCUUAACGGUUUUCGCGCGUCUGACUCCGUCCCUACGUCACCCGCGACUGUUGGCAUACCUGGCGAAAAGAGCGCUUAGCGCGUGUACACAACUUCAAAUUUUUCCUAUUCUAACGACUUUCGUGCGAUUCAUUGAGUCGUCUUGUCGCGAUUUAUGCAAGCACAAUCGAGACGAGGCGCGAAUACUGAAAUGUGGAGGCGAAUAAACAGUAGAGACAAAUGAAUUGACUCACCGUUCGCCGCUGGCCGCUCCGUCCAGCUCCGUCGCAGCUCUUGAACAUUCGAGAUCCAAGAUCCUCCUCGCGACGAUGCGUCUUGAUUUACACUUAGCACGAACGCGCGACCCUUCGUUUUCGGCACUGCCAGUAUUCACGCGUAUCGGAAACUAAGAAGAUGCUAAACACGAUUGAACGCGAUGCGACUUCGUACAACAGCGUCCGAUGCGAUGGUUGAAGCAGCACGACGGCCAUGCGAACGCGGCACGCAGUUGAUACGAACGCUCGACACUUCGCUUCGCUUUUGAUACUCCACGGGACUGUCGAAACACUCGCUGGCGUCAAAAACUCGUACGGGAUGACGAGGAUGCGAGUUGAAAUGCGCCGCAACGUGUAGCGACGUUGCAUUAUCCUACUUGAUCUACAGCAGAGAGGAACCUGAGAGCGGCCACGGCGGCCUUUUUCCUUUAACGCUUCGAAACUCCCGUACACUA